CCAAAGUGGACGAAAGAUCAGCUGUGGUCCCCAUCAUACCUCAAAAUGGUCAAGCUCGAGGAACUCAUGGGAGGGGAUGAACGUCAGAGGUAGGGCCCCGGGCCUCACCCCACCACAGGCUGACCUCUUCUCGCUGUGCUCCUGCCUUUCAGAUCCGAUCCGACAAAGACAAUGACAUCCCUAUCCGGUACAGCAUCACGGGAGUGGGCGCCGACCAGCCCCCCAUGGAGGUCUUCAGCAUUGACUCCAUGUCCGGCCGGAUGUACGUCACGCGGCCCAUGGACCGGGAGGAGCACGCCUCUUACCACCUCCGAGCCCACGCUGUGGACAUGAACGGCAACAAGGUGGAGAACCCCAUCGACCUGUACAUCUACGUCAUCGACAUGAAUGACAACCGCCCCGAGUUCAUCAACCAGGUCUACAACGGCUCUGUGGACGAGGGCUCCAAGCCAGGAACCUAUGUGAUGACCGUCACGGCCAACGAUGCUGACGACAGCACCACGGCCAACGGGAUGGUGCGGUACCGGAUUGUGACCCAGACCCCGCAGAGCCCGUCCCAGAAUAUGUUCACCAUCAACAGCGAGACUGGAGACAUCGUCACAGUGGCGGCUGGCCUGGACCGAGAGAAAGUUCAGCAGUACACAGUCAUCGUUCAGGCCACAGACAUGGAAGGAAAUCUCAACUAUGGCCUCUCAAACACAGCCACAGCCAUCAUCACGGUGACAGACGUGAAUGACAACCCGCCAGAAUUUACCGCCAGCACGUUUGCAGGGGAGGUCCCAGAAAACCGUGUGGAGACCGUGGUCGCAAACCUCACGGUGAUGGACCGAGAUCAGCCCCACUCUCCAAACUGGAACGCCGUUUACCGCAUCAUCAGUGGGGAUCCCUCCGGGCACUUCAGCGUCCGCACAGACCCCGUCACCAAUGAAGGCAUGGUCACCGUGGUGAAGGCAGUCGACUACGAGCUCAACAGAGCCUUCAUGCUCACGGUGAUGGUGUCCAACCAGGCGCCCCUGGCCAGCGGGAUCCAGAUGUCCUUCCAGUCCACGGCAGGGGUGACCAUCUCUGUCAUGGACAUCAAUGAGGCUCCCUACUUCCCCUCAAACCACAAGCUGAUCCGCCUGGAGGAGGGCGUGCCCCCUGGCACCGUGCUGACCACGUUUUCGGCUGUGGACCCUGACCGGUUCAUGCAGCAGGCUGUGAGAUACUCAAAGCUGUCGGACCCGGCGAACUGGCUGCACAUCAACACCACCAACGGCCAGAUCACCACAGCAGCAGUGCUGGACCGCGAGUCCCUCUACACCAAAAACAACGUCUACGAGGCCACCUUCCUGGCAGCUGACAAUGGGAUACCCCCAGCCAGCGGCACCGGAACCCUCCAGAUCUAUCUCAUUGACAUCAACGACAAUGCCCCUGAGCUGCUGCCCAAGGAGGCGCAGAUCUGCGAGAAGCCCAACCUGAACGCCAUCAACAUCACAGCGGCUGACGCCGACGUCGACCCCAACAUUGGCCCCUACGUCUUCGAGCUGCCCUUUGUCCCGGCAGCUGUGCGGAAGAACUGGACCAUCACCCGCCUAAACGGUGACUAUGCCCAACUCAGCUUGCGCAUCCUGUACCUAGAGGCCGGGAUGUAUGACGUCCCCAUCAUCGUCACAGACUCUGGAAACCCUCCCCUGUCCAACACAUCCAUCAUCAAAGUCAAGGUGUGUCCAUGUGACGACAACGGGGACUGCACCACCAUUGGUGCAGUGGCAGCGGCUGGUCUGGGCACCGGCGCCAUCGUGGCCAUCCUCAUCUGCAUCCUCAUCCUGCUGACCAUGGUCCUGCUCUUUGUCAUGUGGAUGAAGCGGCGGGAGAAGGAGCGCCACACGAAGCAGCUGCUCAUUGACCCCGAGGACGACGUCCGCGACAACAUCCUUAAGUAUGAUGAGGAAGGUGGCGGCGAGGAGGACCAGGACUAUGACCUCAGCCAGCUGCAGCAGCCGGAAGCCAUGGGGCACGUGCCAAGCAAAGCCCCUGGCGUGCGUCGCGUGGAUGAGCGGCCGGUGGGCGCCGAGCCCCAGUACCCAGUCAGGCCCAUGGUGCCGCACCCAGGCGACAUCGGUGACUUCAUCAACGAGGGACUCCGCGCUGCCGACAACGACCCCACAGCACCCCCCUAUGACUCCCUGCUGGUCUUCGACUACGAGGGGAGCGGCUCCACCGCAGGCUCCGUCAGCUCCCUGAACUCAUCCAGUUCCGGGGACCAAGACUACGAUUACCUCAACGACUGGGGGCCCAGAUUCAAGAAGCUGGCGGACAUGUACGGAGGCGGUGAAGAGGAUUGAUGACCUCGCGUCUUCGCACCGAAGUGAGAGCCACACUCGACGCCGGAGGAGCAGGACUGAGCGGAGGCGGUCGGUCUUCCCGACUCUCCCUGCGGCCGUGUCCUUAGUGCUGUUAGAAGGCCCCCCCCACCCCCACGUUGAGCUGUCUAGCAUGAGCACCCACCCCACGGCGCCCUGCACACGGCCGCUGCCCAGCACCGCGCCGGCUGGCACUGAAGGACAGCAAGAGGCACUCUGUCUUCACUUGAAUUUCCUAGAACAGAAGCACUGUUUUUAAAAAAACAAAAAAAGAAAAAAGAAAAGAAAAGAAAAAAAGAAAAAAAAAAGAAAGUGCCUUUUGGUACAUGUAUCAGAUUCCCUCAAACUCAGGAGUGACUAAAGCUGACAGACCGUCCCCACCUUCCUGUCCCGAGCGGCCUCUGACCCCAGCUAGUCCCAGCUCUGAAGGCAUCAUUCAGAAAUGGGGGAGACUGUGUCUUUCUUUCUUUCUUUCUUUCUUUCUUAUUUUGGU